ACAUAAAAAUUUCUUGUUCAAUUCAGAAUUUAGUUCGUGGUCCCCCAAUUCUACCAAGUUUGAUCCCGAUAGAGUUAUACAUCUUCAGAAAAAACAUGAUGAAUGCAAUAAGGGAACUCAUUGGUGCUCCGCUUUCUCCACCAAAUUUAGCCCCUAAGGCUGGAGACAUGAUUGCUCAGAUGGUGGAUAACACAGCCGCACACACAGGUCCUCUUGUGGAAAAUAUAAGCGAUGAACCACAUGUCGAAGAUGACAUGAAAAGUGGGUCCAACGUCAUGAAUACCAAUAAGUCACUCAUGAUGAGGGAGGAAAUUGUUAUUCAUCCGGUAGGUAUUUCCGAUGAUGCUUUUGUUAUUGUGACUGAUCCUGUUCCUACAGACGAUGUGGAUGAGGAUGCACACCACCAAGACCGUGAGGAAGUUUUUGGGGACAAUCCAAUUGUUUAUGGAUGCAUAGAAAGCUUUGGAAUGCCUGAUGCAGAGGUUAUUGUUAUUUGUAAAUCGGGAAAGAUAGAGGAUACUACCUCUGUCUCACUCUCUUUGUCCACUUUUGACUUUUGGAACUGUUCAUCUAAGCACUUUGACUCAUCAAAUUCUCUCAAUGUGUAAGCCUAAAUAUAGUCAUGUGUGAUCUUGUUUGAUUUGUCUUAACAUAUAGAUUAUUAAUAUAUAAUUUCUAUAAUUUUUUAAUAUACAAAUUACAAGAUAAAAUGGAUUAAAGAAGUGCAUUGGAUGGUGUGCCAAAAGGUAAGUGGAUAAAGAGAGUGGGACGGAGGGAGUAUAUAGUACAAGACCGGGUCAUUAUUGUUAAUUUCUCUUAUAAAACAAUACUUGACUAUAUAAAUAUAUCUGCGCGCACUUGCAGCUAGGCCAUCACUCUCAUCAUCAUGAGCUCUCUCAUCAUGAGCUCUGGAGACUCGGGAUAAUCUUUUUUGUGCUCGGUCGUGUGGCUUUUCUAGUAAAUGGAAUAUUUUGUGCAGGUUGCCAUACGGAACCAAAAGAUGCCGGGUGUGAUGUGUGUCUUCUUUCGGUAGCAUGCAUUUUUGGCCUCGCCGCAGGAUCGUUAAUGUUUGUUGCACGAGACAUACCUGGCUCGAUUACUGGAGCUGUAUUUGCUAUCUUUCAAUGUGUUUUCGCUAGCUUUUACUCCUGGCACGCUCCAUACUCGUUAGAAUGGUGUUGCAACAGAGUGUGAUUGAUUAUUAUAUGCUCCCUCUGAUCUAUCCCAUAAAAUCUGUUAUGUUUG